AUGGCAAUCGUUACGACGUUAAAAAUAAAUUCCGUUUUUGUAAAAAUUACCAAUUUUGCACAUCUACUUACCAACAUUUAGGUGUUGUGUUGUUUUAAUUUCUUUUUAUUUGAACAAAAAAGAAAUAAAUGUCGAAGUGUAAGUGUUUUUAAUUCGUGUAUACAUCGGUGUUUUUUUAAUACAGUUCUCGCUGCAUAUAGUUUUAGCUCGGCGAACGUUUUAUAUCGAACGUGAAUAGUGUUUAUUCGACUGCCAUUCCUUUGUUUAAUUUAUAAAAUAUGUAUUUUCCGACAUCACUUUAUUGCUUUUUUGGGUGUUAAUAGUGUUGAUAAUAAUGUUGGUGGUAAUUUGUGCGUAAGUUUUAUUCGUUCAGUGUUCUGUGUGCUCGGUUUCUUGGUGCGAAUCAGUUCGAGAGUUUUUAGUAUUUCGCUGUAAUUCGUUUGUUAGUGUGUAAACUAACAAGUUCGUAGUAUUACAAUACGUUAAUGUGGUGUUUCGUGUAUACAAUCAACAUCCCAUAUACCGAGUUUUUAUCGGUAUAGGAGAGAUAUACACGCUAAUAUAUCUAUAUGAUCGCGUUCAAAAGAGUAUUCGCACCUAUGAGAAGAAGAAGCGAUCAACGGCGCUAGGAUACUCUUUCCGAUCCGAUAUCGUAUUCGAAUUGUCGUCCGUUUUAUGUCGCUGAAUCAGGAUUUUCUUUUCAACACUUCCAUCAUUGAAAAAUAAGAUGUUUGUGCGGUUAGCGAAGAAGAGAGCGUGGUCACGAGGCAGCGGGCCCAGACACGAAUGGCGGCGACUGCGCCUAUGAGAGACGGCCCGCCAGCGGGCAGCGGCACUGGCGGCGAUUCACGGGUGACCAGCACCUCGGCUUCAUCGGCGGCGGCAGCCACCACGACAAAUUUCGAAUACGAUGAUAACGAAUGGGAUAUCGGUAUCGGGAAUUUGAUCAUUGACUUGGAUGCGGAUAUAGAAAAAACCAACGAGAAAAGUACGAGUAACGUGGGUAAUUUAACAUCGGUCAGUGGCGGUCCGAUGGCGGCAGCAUCCGCUACGAAUUCCGCGAACGGCGGCAGCGGAAGCGGUAGCGGCGGUAAAACGAAUAAAGGCGGUAGCGGCGGCGGCGGAAGUAAUUCCGGCGGCGGCGGUGGUGGUGGUGGCGGCGCUAACGCCAGCACCGGUGCCAGCGGCGGCGUUUCGCAAUCGACCGUCGAGCAUUCGGCGACCGUCGACAAUAAAAGCCUGAAAAUGAAAAUCAAACGAACGAAAUCCGGCAGCAAGAGUAGCGAAGCUAAGCACGAGAUCGUCAAGUCGAACGAACAGAACGGUGCGGACGCGUCCGCCUCGAUAUGCAACAACGCCGACGUCAAAGGCUCGUCCGGCUCGUCCGGCAAACAUUCGAUAGGUAGCGGCACCGGAGGCAGCGGCGGCGCCGCGAGCAACGUCAACAGCAGCAACGUGAACAGUACAAACGUGGCGGUGAAUACGUCCAACAGCGGCGGCGGCGGCGGCGGCAGCGGAACCGGUACCGGUGGUUCCGCUUCCGGCGGCUCGUCAUCGGCCAAUAGCGCGACGACCGGAAGCAGUAGUAGCGGAAACAGCAGUAGCGGCAGCGGAAGCAGCAGCAGUAGUAGUAGUAAACGCGGCGGCAGUAGUCACCGGCGCGAUAAACAAAAAGAAAAACAUCCGUCGAGCGGCGGCGGCGCCGACAAAAGCACCAUAAGCGGAGGCGGCAAAUCGUCGUCCAGUUCAAACCAGUCGUCGGGCGGCGGCAGCGGCAGCGGCGGCGGAAGUGGCUCGUCCGGCUCGGCCACAUCGACGGCUAAUUCGUUAACGGCUUCCGGGGCCGCUGAUCUAAACGGUAUCGUAAGGACACCAGUGCAAAGAGUGAUGUAUCCGAUACAGACGAACGGGCCGGGCCCGCCGAACGCUCCCGGUCCGCCGCCGUCGUCGCCUUCCAAAGAAACAACGUCGUCGUCUUCGAAGGUCGCGCCGUUCAAUUCGAAUACCAUUCCGACUACAUGCGCGACGCAGCAGACGUCUUCUGCGCAAGUUACCGCUUCACCGGCAUCAGCCGCCGCUAAUUCGGCGAUGUCCGGCAGCCAAUCUACGACUGCAUCGGCAGCAGCGAUCGCUUCCGUCGCUACUUCCAGCCUCGUCCAGCAAUCCGGCGACGGAAUCGCGGCCGCUACCAGCGCCUCGAACGCCGCCCAAACCAUGGUCACCGCCAACGCCUAUACCUCGGCCGACGACUCGGUCGGACGACCGCAGUCGCCCUCUUCUCCUCCCUGCAAGAAAAUUAAGACUGCUAAUUGCCUCAUUAACGAUAGCAAGGAGACGAAAGAUGCGUGCGUCGGGACCAGUAUCAGUACAAUGACAGAACCAGAUUGCCUAGGGCCUUGCGAACCGGGUACCAGCGUUACCUUAGAAGGCAUCGUAUGGCAUGAAACGGAAGGUGUUCUUGUGGUAAAUGUUACGUGGAGAGGGAAAACAUACGUCGGUACGCUUUUAGAUUGCACAAGGCACGAUUGGGCGCCUCCAAGAUUUUGCGAUUCGCCGACCAGCGACUUGGACGCGCGGCUACCGAAAGGCCGAGCCAAACGAGGCCGAGCCGCCACCAACGAUCUGAGUAAUUUCACCGAAACGCGUUCAUCCGUCCAUAGUAAGUUAAGAAGCAGCAGUAACGGUUCGAAUAAGAGCACCCGCAAAGGACUGACGAAUUCGCCGACGCCGUUCGUACCACCUCGGCCGGAAUCGGGCGGCAGUAAGCGUAAAAGUCGACCUUCGGAAGAAGAAUCGUCGGCGUCGCCUCAAGCCAACGGAAGCUCCGGCAGCUCUGGCAGCUCCGGCGGCGGCGGUGGCAGCGGCGGCAGUAGCAAUAAGAAAACGAAAACUACCUCACAGCAGGCUACCCUUAGUCCGCCCUCGUCACCGGUCAUGUUCGAGUGUCCGGAGGCGAACUGUUGUAAGAAGUUCCGCCAAAUGAACGGCCUCAAGUAUCACCAGUCGCACGCGCACGGCGGCUCGAGCGCGGUCGACGACGACGACGCGACCAAAGAAUCGGGCAGCAUGUCCGAGACGGAAGAGAUGCCUAGUCCUGCCGACCAGCAAUCGGUGAAAUCGGAGCGAGGCGGCGCCAAAGACGAGACGGAAAGCGAGCCGGCGACGCCGAUCAGCGAAACAGUUCCUGCCACUUCGGCAUCAUCCUUGACGCAUCCGGCGUCGCCUCACGCAACGCAUACGCAUGGCAUCGCCGACCAGGACCCGGUGCCGGUUGAACCGUCGGGGCCUCCUCAAGUUGAUAACAAAACGGUCGUCAAACCUGGCGUGCUCAGGUUCGGCGUCGUACCUAGCGGUAUAGCCGAAGAAAUGGCCGCGGCAGCUGCGACCGCCGCGAGUCUGCCUGCUAAAGCUCCGUUGUCGUCGUCCUCGUUAACCACCUCAAACGUUUCCGGCGUGAGUAGAUCGAUCAGUACCGCCAUCGGCACGGUGCCCGGUACGAAUAUCCCUGUGACGUCGGUAUCCAUACCUAACGAGCUGAUCGGCCAGCCGCCUCAACCGCCCUGUCUGACGUCUCCUUCGCCUCCGUCGAUCGCGCCUCAAAUACCAUUAUCGCCUUCGCCGGCCUCGGUGGCCGCCGUAGCCGCAGCUGUACCCGGUCUAGGGUUCGCCUCGACGCACCAGCAAACCGGCCAAUCGGUGCCAGGCGUCGGCGUUGUACCGAAGCUACCUCAAUUCAAAGUGAAACCCGUCUCGGCGUUGCUCCAGCAAGACGACAAAUCCACCAAAGAUAAAUCAUCGGCCGCUGCCAAGUUACAGUCGUCGGCUACCUCAUCCUCGUCGUCGUCGUCGUCUCAACCACCGCAGCGUAAAAAGAGUCGCAAAUCGCCGGCCGGUAGUCCGCAUUCGCUCGCUUCGCUGGAACAACAAACGCACCAACAACAGCAGCAACAACAACAUCAACAGCAGCAACAGUACAAAGUCGAAUCAGCGUCGCGCGAAGAAGUCCACAGCCCGGCGUAUUCGGAUAUCUCGGAUGACGGUGCUCCCGUACUCGAGGCUGAGGUCGCUACCACCGUCGAUUCGAAAAACAAACCUAUACCGAUGGAUAAAAAAUCACUAGAGGGUACGGCGGGCGCUCAUUCGCCUCACGCGAUGCAGCAUUUCAACAUGUACCCGUUUUACGGCCAGCCUCCCUAUUUGGUACCUUCGGUGCAGCCGGACGCGCCGAAAAAAGACUCGGAUAAGGGUAACGAUCCUAAGCUAGGCUCCGGCUCGGAGAAAGAUAAAAAAGAAAUGGAAAUGGCGCCGCAGAAACUGCUGCCGCAACACUUCUAUUCGUACGAUUACCCGCCGUACGGAUUCAAUCUGGGCCAAAAUUACCCCAUACCGAUGGUAUCGUCCAACAGCUCGUCCGAUAAAGAGAUCAAAGAGGAGAGUAAAAGCCCCGGACCGACGGAUUUAGUCAAACAGACGUCGUCCAGUGUCGGCACGCAUGUUCCGUAUUCGCCCGCAGCCCUCUCCAAGAGUAAACUCGACUCGAUCGGCUCGAAAAGCUCGCUAGAGUCGCCGUAUUCGAGCGGCGGCGUCGUCAAAGAUUCCGUCAUACCCGAAGCCCGAAGCCCACUAGGUGCAUCUUCCUAUCUGCACGCCGCUCGUCACCAGCAACACCAGCAAAUGCAGCUGCAACACCUGCAACAGCAACAUCAACAACAAAUGCAGCAGCAGUCGCAUCAGCAACCUCCUCCGAGCAGCCUGCAUCAUCCGGGUUCGCAGCAGCAACAACCUCCGCCCCAGCAACCGCCCCCUCAGCAUGCUCCUUCGUCUCAGCUCAAUCAGCAGCAACAACAACAUCUGCUAUUGCUGCAACAGCAACAACAACAGCAACAGCAGCAACAACCUCCGCCUCAUUCGCUACAGCAGUCGCAUCAACAACAACAGCAAGACGAAAUGCGCAGAUAUUACAACGUGUACGCCGAACAACAGCAACAACAUCAGCAACAGCAGCAACAACAACAGCAGCAGCAACAACAACAGCAACAGCAACAACAGAGACGUAAAGAUCAUACGAGUCAUUCGGCGGAAGCGCCUUUGAAAGCGACUCCGCCGCCGAAUUCGGUCAACUCCAAGUCCGGCCUGAUGUCGAGCGGCGGAGGAGGCGGUGGAAAGCACAAAGAUAAGCAGCAACUAGCUGAAGAUAAGAAAGACUCGGAUAAGGUGAAACAAGAAGGCGUCAAACCGACGAUGGAAACGCAAGGUCCUCCACCUCCGCCGACGUCGUCGUACUACUUCCAUUCCAGCUACCUGCAGUCGCCGCAUUACGGCGCCCUACCGUUCGACACCGCUCAUCCCAUGUACCGGGCGAUGGGUAGUCCGAUGAUCGUACCGGCUGGUCCGUACGGUAGCUCGCCGUAUAUGCAUCAUCCGGCGCAGAUGCAUCCGCAAAUGCCGCGUUUCCACGCGCCCGAAGAUCUAUCGAGGCCGCCCAGCGGACCGGCUACCAAAGCGUUGGAUCUGUUGAAUCAUCAUGCUAGUCAGUAUUAUAAUCCGUCUUCGCAUAAAAUACACGAGCUGCAAGAACGAGCCAUCAAAUCGCCGACGCCUAAGGUAUCGACGACGAACGCGUCUCCUUCGGCGGCAGCCAACGGCCAGCAGUCGGCGAUGAACGCUCCUCAGCUGACCCCUACGUCGACCUCGGAUCGACUUUCGGGCGGUGGAGCGUCGCAAGGGGGGAAGAUGACGUCGGUAGAUGGGAAAGAUUCGAGAUCGCCGCCGCCCCAAAGACAUGUCCAUACACAUCACCAUACCCAUGUCGGAUUAGGGUACCCUUUGUUGCCAGGCCAGUAUCCGGCUCCGUACGGAGCUGCAGUCUUAGCCAGUGAACAAGCGGCUGCCGUCGCUUCGGCGGGAAGUAAUCCGUAUUCGCCGAAAUGAACCGAUGACGAGGGCGCGUUGUUUUAAAUCUUGCUUAUUUUUCUACGAACCUGUUGUAUAGUGUUGACUAAUUCUCACUUAAAUCUGCGGAAUAUAUAAUGCAAAAGCGUUAAUAUACCAAAUACUACCUACCUACCUAUACCUACCUAUUGAUAGGACAUUUCACGUCUUCAGUCAUCCAACAACAUGGAAAAAAAAUUGCGUUCGCGAUGCGAAGUACAUCAACGAGAAAAAUAUAUCAAAAUGAUGAAUUAGUAAGGUACACGAUGCAGGCGUCUAGAGGCCUCGAGAAAAUAAAAAACCACCGCCAAUGAGUUCGCCAUCGGCGUCUAUUCAAUCAGUCUCGUUAUUUAAUUACUAAUAAUAAUAUUUAUGGUAAUAAUUAUUCGUACCUAAGUGUUGAUAACUGAUAAGGGUAAUACGUUUCGAUAUUUUCGAAAUUUUGUGUUCGUUUCCUAUUAUAUCUGUCUUAUUUUCCUACAAAUUUACGAAAAAAAUAAAAAAAAGAAUGAGAGAGAAGUGUACUACGAAAUUAUCACAUCGUGUAUCGCGUACAGAAAGAAAAAGAGAGAGAGAGAAACCAGAAAAGAAAAUAGUGUCGUUGUUUUUGUUGUUCGUUAAUGUUGUUCUAGUGUGUGGCAGAAUUUUACAUCUCGCGAAUCUUCAGCCAAUCACCGAGCUUAAAAGUAAUUCUUGGACUCUUGGUGAAGAAUAAAUAUGUUAUUUUUGAAGAGCUUUUUUGAAAUAAUGAAGAAUAUAAGAAAGAGACGAAAUGUGCCUGAUUUUAUUUUAUUUGUUCGUCGUCGUGUCGUUUAUUUAUUUAUUUUUUUCGAAAGAGCUAAGUAAGUGUAUUCGGGCGCCAUCGCUCGCCUUCGCAAAACAUCGGGUUUUCUCCUCUGAUUUCGAAUUCGAAUGUCUUUCAUUUGUAGGUUUUUAUGUUAAGAAUAUUAGAUCUCGUUUUAAUAAUAUAUUUACUUUUUAGUUAAGUUAUGUAACGUGAAACAUGUUCGAAAAAAAAAAAAAAGUCAAGUGUUUAUAAUACUGAAAAGCGUGUUAAGUGAGAAUUUUUCCAUUGUAAUUAUCGUGUUUGUAAUUAUUAUUGUUGUAAAUAAGCGACCCUUUGUCUCCCCUUGUUCCCCCUUUCCCUUUAUUCUCCUAAACUAGCUGGUUAGAUUAUUCUUUUAAAACGUUGAAUUUCAUUUUGUAGCAUUUUUUUCCCUUUUGAUUUUUUUGUUAUGAAUAAGUAUGUUUUAUCAUGUGGUACGUGUGUUUUUUUUUAAGGAAUUGUAUUGUAUAUAAAGGAUGAGAUUUUUGUUAAGAAUGUGAGAGUGUUUCAUGAAGGCUUAUCAAGUUUUAUUCACGACUCGCCUGUUUCCGGGUAUUUUAUAAUUUUAUUCUCUUCUGUUUCUUUUUAUUUUUUAUUUCGUUGUUUUUUUUUUUAAAUCAGGUUGUACCUUUUUUGUGUUGUACGAAGACGUGUAGAUGAUGAUGAAUUCAUUCUGUCGACGUGAAAAAAAUCGACUGGUAUCGAUGAUCGAAAUGUAGUAAUCGUGUUUUAUUUACUUGUUACAAAAAUUCGAGUUUUGUAGUUUCUUUUCUUUUUGUUUUUUGAUACGAAUAUGUACUUUUUUUUAAAGGGCAUUUUUUAAAAAUUUUAUCGACGAUUUUAAUUAAUCUUUACCUUUUAUCCGUUUAAAUAGAAUGCACUGAAAAAUUGAAAAAAUUUUGAGUUUUGAGUAAAAAUGUGUUCAUGGAUGCCUUGUGUGUAAAAUUGUGUUAAUUUUGUUCGAACGACAUGUUGCAGGUAUAUAUAAAUAUUAUAAAUAAUGAAAAAAAAACUAUACAUAGGUACAUAUUUCUUAUAAAUAAUAAUUUUUAGAUAUUGUUGCGCGUGUGUGUGUUUGUAUUUUGCGUGUGUAAGUAAUUUUUCUCCAUAAUUUUUUUUUUCUGCAGUAGUGUCGUGUAUAAAAAACAUUUAUUUAUUACGGGGUUAAAAUAUGAUAGAAGGGUGUGUGACGUUUCAGUCAUGUGUGUUUAUUUCCUUUGUUUUAGGUGCGUGGACGUUUUAAUUACGGAAAAAAAUUUUAGCAUUUCAGUUGUACAAAUUAUUUUAUCACACUAUGCUACUUAUCGGUAGAAUAAAUUUUUUGUAAUUUUAUAGAAAAUUUAGCAUUUACGUUUUAUUAUACGGUAUAUACAUAACAGGAGUAAUUUUUUUAUUGUUUAUAUUUUUUUUUUUCGCUUCUAUUCAUGUAAUAUUAUAUAUUUCUUUUUAAUUUUUAAGUAAUGUUGAUAUUACUUUUCGAUAAUGAAUAUUUUCAGCAAUAACACGCUUUACCUGUAUUCGGAAAUAAAAUUAUUUUUAAAAGAA